AGCAGCGGGGCAGCGCUCCCGGUCCGCGGAGUGCAGCUGUUAACGCCACGUCGACUAAAACAAACAAACUAAGGCUCAAACACUUGUUUCCCUCUAUUGCACCGGCAGGGGUUUUUCUUUUUGUCUCGUUUUCCGCCGUGAGCCAUGCUGGACCCGUCCUCCAGCGAGGACACGGGCGGGGAGUCCGACCCAGAAGUUGUCGAGGAGGCUGCGAGGAAACCUGCCUCCUCGACGGGGAAACGGGCGAACAGCAGCCGGGCGGGCGGCCAGCAGAGAGAGUCAGCCGCACCUGGAGGCGCCGCCGGUAAGGCUGCGAGAGACGGCGCCGAUGCAGCUGAAGAUGAGGAGAGGAAGGAGCGGGAGCGGAUCCAGAGAGAGGAAGAGGAGAGGAAAACUAAACUGCAAAUUUAUGUGCUCGUCCUGCGGUGCAUAGCCUACCCGUUCAACGCCAAGCAGCCCACCGACAUGGCCCGGCGGCAGCAGAAGGUGAACAAGCAGCAGCUGCAGGCGGUGAAGGAGCGAUUCCUGGUCUUCCUCAACGGAGAGACUCAGAUUGUGGCAGAUGAAGCUUUCUGCAACGCUGUGAGGAGCUACUAUGAGGCAAGGGACUCCAUGUUUACUGUACUUUCUGUGUAA